GUGUGUUUUCGUGCUUGAUCUCGAGUGGACACUACUGUGAAUUUAUGUCAACGCGGCCAAUUUGCAUGCAAAUCAACUUGCGAAUUAAACUCGAAGCCGAAAAGGCGCUGCUUUACAUUAUGACGUGAGAGAGCGCGUGUCGGAAGAGAAAAAUGCAGAGCAUUUCGCUGCUGUGGUAUCUGCUGCUGCACGUUCUAGUUCACCUGGCCGACUCGCAAGGAUUGGACAACAGGUGCUACCUGCAGACAGGCGGCUCGGCCGAGAGUUUCUUUGUCGCCGAGGACGCGCCCGUCGGCUCCGUCAUCGGCUCAGUCAGGGUGCACGGUGACCCUGGAGAACGCGGUGACAUUUCACUGCGCCUCCGAGAGACUGACUCACCCGUGCAAAUUGCACCUGGCACCGGCAACCUCACGCUCACCAGGAAACUGGAUAAGGAGGGCAUCGACGGCCCCUCGUCUGUUUAUGUCAACGUCAUCUGCGACCGACAACGAGCUCCCGGAGACCCAAGUUUUGUCAUCCCCGUGAACAUCAGGGUUACUGACGCCAACGACAAUGCGCCUCAGUUUCUCAACGCGCCCUACGUUCUCAACAUUUCUGAGGUGACCGUGGUCGGCACGCGCGUUCUUCAGGGCAUCAGGGCUAUUGACGUUGACCAGCAGGGCCCUUACUCCACAGUCCAGUACUCCGUCUUGCCUGGCCCACAUUCAGAUUAUUUUGUGUUCAUUAACGGUUUGGAGGGGACUUUAGUGCUAAGGAAGGCGCUUGAUUAUGAGACCCUGACCAACUUCACAGUAACCCUUCGCGCCCAGGACCAAGGAAAUCCGCCGCAAGUGACAGACACAAUUCUUUAUGUAAAUGUGGUGGACGCGGAUGAUCAGAAUCCUCGAUUCUUCGACGACCGAUACAUGGCUAUUGUCCCUGACAGACCCUUGCAGGGGACCGAAUUGAAAAUCCACCCCAGGGAUAUCAUGGCGUUCGACCAGGACGUGGGCAUAAACGCCACCAUCCUCUACACAUUUAACGGAGUCACUGGAGACUACAGAUUUUUUGAAGUGGACCAAACAACGGGGAAGGUCACCUUGCGAAGACACAUCAACGACGAUGACAUUCUGCAGCCGGCCACCUUGGUUGUCAGGGCCUCGCAGCACGACAACCCUGACAGAUACUCGCUGGCCACCCUGACGGUGGCCCGCGUCGGCACCAGAGGCGCCGAGAUGCUGACCUUCCUACAAAAGGACUACACGGCCAGUGUCCUCGAAAGCCUGCCAGUCGGAAGCGUCAUCCUAACUCUGCUCACCUCCAGGCCUGGCGAUAAGAAGGUACGGAUGUGGGUGGAGGAACGCGGAGAGAAGGUUGGAAAUUUUGCGGUGACACCAAGUGGAGACGUGACCCUUCUGAAGGCUCUCGACUACGAACUGCGGCAAAAGUACACAUUCCUGGUGCACGCCACCGACGGAAUCAUGAAUUCGACAGCGCGAGUGGAGAUAAAAGUGCUGAACGUUAACGAUUGGGACCCGCGCUUCAGGUACCCACAAUACGACUUCCGCAUCAGCGGCCGCCACCUGCCCCUGAGUGGGGCUAUCGUCGGCACGUUAGAAGUCGCUGACGGGGAUUUCGGGGACAAGAUCAGUCUUGAACUCAGAGGCCCCUCGUCGAGAGCGUUCACCAUCAAUGACAAGGGUGAAAUUAGAGUGAGCAGACCUGAGCUUCUGAACUCCAGCACGGCCCAUCUGGUUGCUAUUGCCAUGGACAGCGGACAACCUCCUAGACAGGCCUCUGUGCCAAUCACUGUGAGUUUUCCUGAAGCAGUCGGUCUGCGAGGCUCGAUUGAGGAACCAAAUAGCAGACCUGCCCUUUUGGCCACCGUUCUAGGGUCCCUCCUGGGUCUUCUAGGUCUAAUAGUGGCUCUUCUGCUCAUUUACAUAUACAAACAUAAAAAUAGCAAGCGAAAUCGAAUGGUGGACGACAACAGCAGGGACAAGCUGCCGUCCAAGAUGGACAACCCUCUGUUCGGGGGCGCGCAGUUUUUGACGGCCGGCAACAGAAUCAGUGCCAACGACAUCCCCACUCUUUAUACUGCCACCGUCAAAAGAAGUUUGAAUGGGGUCAGCAUGGGCGGAAUGCUGUCCAACAUGUCCCGACAGGUAGCUCCGGCGGCGCCUCCAAAGGUCUCGUGGCCCAAGGGCUCCAUCCCGAGACGAGUGAAGAAGCUCAGCUGGGACGACGAGAACAAUUCCUCCAGCACCGUUAGCCCCACGCCAAAUGGAAGAAGGACUGAAUUGGACCCUGACGUGAGCGUCACUCCUUUGACCAACCACAACGAACCCAGUCUGACGGUUUACUUUUAAAUUUCCACGACAGCACAAAAAAAAUGUAAAUAAUUAAUUGAUAAUUAGAAAAAAAAGUGCUGAAAUGUGAUUUUACAAAACCAAAUAAAUUUACUGAGCUCUUUUAUCUGUAGUAUAAAAAUGUAUUGCUUAAUUUAUGAUAUUUGUUUAUUACUAAUUUUUUUUUGUAAGACAAAAUAAUAAUAG